AUGGAAGGAAGGACGUACCACACUUCCACGGAAUUCAACAGUCUCGUGCGCCGAGCAUACAACGAAGUACGCGACCAGCCCUCUCAAAACCACAGAGAGCUCGGAUACUUCGAGGCGAGCUCGUUGUCCAUCACCAUCAAAAGGGAAGUCACAGACACAGACGCGGGGUUCGAGCCUCACACCGACCCCUCACCACAGUCACGCAAAUCCCAACCCAAUCCCCAACCCAAUCCCUCCCAACCUCUACGCCCGAAGAAACAUCCACUACAGACUAUAGAGCAGACCGUAGACGACCCGACACCCAACGCCAACGCCAAUGCCAGCAGGGCGGAACCGAAGGAUGCAGCUCUCAUCGAUUCAAUAUUACUAUUCAUCCUUGAUUAUCGGCGGAACGCCCUCGGCUGGACGUGGAUGUGUUGCGGGAGCGGAUACGGAUACGGAUCGUCGAGCGGAGUGGGCAGGUGA